AUGGCGAGUAAAGACCAACUAUUGGCGCAGGUGCUGUCGAAUUUGGAUGAUGGUAGUGGACUGGAGCGACCUGUGACAAGUGUCCACAACUUUUUGGAUGCACUGCAGUCCUCGGUCCUUCCCCUUCUUCUUCAGCAAGCAGACUUCUUUCCAAGAGCUGAAAGGGUGGAAUUGAGCUAUGCCCGCAUUCAAGGGGUGGUGAAAGUGAACACCCAUGGAAACAGCAAGGAGGCCUUGAGCAACUUGCAGGCUGGCCAAUCCACACAUCGUGAGUCCCAUUUCGACAAACUCAUGGGUGGCAGCACAGCACUGUAUCCAGCAAUUUCUUUGAUCAACCAUUCCAACGAGCCAAACUGUGUCUUGCUGCCGUUUCUCAAGGAUGGAGAACCCCAGGGCCUGGCAGUAUGCGCCUUUCGCCCCAUCCUGCGAGGAGGGGAGCUUACAUUGGCCUACUUGGAUGACCCUGAUGCAGUCAAAGCAAAAUGGGGUAUUUCUUGA